AUGCAGACUUGUUUGGUGUCGGGAAGCACAAGCUGUGACAUACAUGGCCUUGUGGAUGUCAAGUGCAACUUCGACGCCCGGAGCUUGGCUUGGUCUGACGUCGCCAAAUGUGCUUCCCAGCAAGAUCUCUGUCCCUUCUUGUGCGAGGCGGUAGCAUGCCCAAGGCGCCUCCCUGUGUAUACCAACAAGGGCCAGAAGGAGGACGACAGUUUCAAUGCCUUUCACUGCAAGAGGUGCCGCACACACCUGCUGACAACGGAUGCAGAUCUGGCGAACAUCCCUCGAAGAAGGACCGAUGGUGCCAUGGUCCUGGAUGCCCGCCUCCAGGUGAUCAGCCUGUACACUGUCAAGCGUGAUGUGGGGAACGUAGUGCUCGAAGUAUUCCAAGUGCUCCCCAGGUUCUCGCUGGUGAAAGAUGUGAGGCUUGCCCAUCCUGCGAUCAAGACGUCGGCUGACCUGGAGCUGGUGUACCUGUCCGACACAGCGGUAACAGUGCCAUGGCACAGGAUGAAGUCUCCCUUCACUUGCAAGGUAUGUGGCUACAUCUGCCAGAGCCAGGGACAGCUGGAGUUUCACAGGAAGCAGAGACAGCACACUGAAGAGAUGGAAAAAGAGCAGGAGGCGUCCACACACGGCUUUGUGAGUGUGAGUGUGAGUGUGAGUGUGAGUGUGAGUGUGAGUGUGAGUGUGAGUGUGAGUGUGAGUGUGAGUGUGAGUGUAUGUGUCCGUGUGUGA